AUGCUCUUCCCAGUAUUUUCUCUCCUCUCCCUCUCGCUCGCCUCUCUCGGCAUCGCCCAGCCUAACAUGGCGAGGCCCUCUCCCAUGCCUACGUCUUCUAUGUCUCCUAUGUCCAACCAAACCACCGGACACGCCGUCGUCAUCAACGAAUGCACCCAUGCCAUCUACCUCUGGUCGGUUUCCUCGACCAUGGGUUCCCAGAUCACUCUGGCACCUCAGGAAAACUACACCGAGGUCUUCCACCACGACGAUCAAUCCGGCGGCGUUAGCCUCAAGGUUACCACGGUCAAGGACGGCCUGUACAAUAGUGCGCCGCAGACAGUGUUCGCGUAUAACCUGGUCGACCGCAAUGUGUGGUACGAUUUGUCGGAUGUCUUUGGCGAUCCAUUCCAGGGCCACCUAGUUACAUUAUUGCCGUCCGAGCCGGCGAUCAAUUGGGAGGAUGGAGUGCCGCCAGCAGGAAGCCAGGUGAGGAUUCAGGAUGCGGCGACAGAUUUGGCCUUGACGGUGUGCUGA